GCAAUGACACGGGUUCUACAGCUAACACUCCUGUUUUUUGUGUGUUUCUCAAUACUUGAGAUACGUGUUGUCAUGGAUAUACUGCAGCCGUUUCUGAGUUAUUUUGCAUUGAAACCGGCGUAUAGCAUUACUAAUUACCAAAACAACGAAGGCAACAGACAGACGAACAUUAGCGGUGCCACCAUCCGUGGCACAACAAACGAUCUGUCAAAUACAGCAGCCCACGCCAAUAUGACCGGUGCCAACGUGGGUGAGAGAGAUUGGCAUUUGGUUUAUGUUAAUAGAACGGAGAAGGACAAUGGAAAGCACAACGAGUCCAACCAAGACUCGGUAUCCAGAUCGUCAAAAUACGAAGACAUUUCUCAGGUACGUGGUACUUCACCCAAGGCUAAACACACUCAGAGAUAUUACAUUUUUCCAUUACGUUUUGAUUAUAAUGGCCCUAAUGUAUACUACAGUACUUUCCGUAGAGGCGUGUUCUUCGCGCUUUAUUAUAACCGAACUGUGGUAGAAAACUGGUUCAGAACUCACUGGUCAUCGCCGGCAGCCAGGUCAACACGGUUUUUGAAUGAAACGUUUGACAUAGAGAAGCUAAAUGAAAUAGUCGACGUGGCAACGGUAGCAGAAUUCAAAAGAGAUUGCAACAGUACCAUUGACGUUUUAUUGAUGCAUCCUUUCAUACGAACAAACCUGGAACUGUUUGUCAGUAAAUAUGCAAAGGUGAAAGAGAAACUAGAAAAAAGAUACAAGAUUAUUUUGCCAGAUUUCUCGGCGAUUCCUCAAAGUAAACAAUCAGCAAAUGCAUUAUUUACAAACCCGCCUAAGACGCGAUGUUUGGGAUUUCUAAGUACGAGAUGGGAACCACCUCGAGUACUCAAGCUAUUCAGGAAGGUUGAUAGUCAUCUUGAAAGACCUGCUCUUAUUAAGAAAAUUGCUGAUGAUGUAGAAAAGAAAAUUUGUGAUGGUGAUCCAUUUGUGGCACUGCAUUGGAGAAAUAGAUCAGGGGAAAUAUGUGGACGUGAUAAUAAACCCUGUGACAACAUAGACAGAAUAGAUGCUGUCAAUCUCACGGCACAAAGUCUGGCCAUAGAUAUACGCAAUUUUAUGGAAAACCGUAGUAUUAGUUGUAUUUAUGUAGCAAUGCCGCCAUUUGCUCGGAGGAUGGUGGCCAUUUUGAGAAAGGCCGGUAUUUCAAGAGUGAAAACCCUAUCUGACAUUUCAGACAAGAAUUAUCCAGACAUAGUCAAGGUCCAUGAUGAUGGAUAUAUGGUUUCUAUCUUGGAGCAAGAAAUUUGUUCUAGAGCUAAGGUGUUCCUGGCAACACAACACUCGUCUUGGUCUGUGUCUGCUGUUCGUUAUGGAAUUCAUACUGACCAAGAGGUUAUGUACGACAUCUCAAAACCCCAGCUGCUGUCGCCCAAACCACAGCAGCGAAGGACUGGACCAUCGAAUAUGCUAGCAAAAGGAAUCGAUACUACACUUGAAACGUUACGUGAAGUUCCUGAAAACUCCGUGGAAGAAGAUGCUUACCAAGAUCAUCAUAUCACCACUGCAGCAAUGACCACCAAGAUGACGCAGCCUAUCAAAUUGAAAGCAAACCACUCAUCUGAAAGUUCAACCAUCCAUGAGGAUUCAAUGCCAGAGAUGUUAGACUCACGACAACGUUGGGUAAUUGCCAUUCACGACGACCCAAAUGGCCCAAACUGUCAAUACGAUGCUUUCAAGGGACUUAUUAAGUACGCUAUCAUGGAAAACAGAACUGUGGUGGAGAUGUGGUUCGUAAGUCACGGGUCGUCUGGUAAAGAAUACGCGCGUCAAACAAAAUUUCUCAAUACUACCUUUGAUGCUGAUAAAAUAAAAGAAGUGGUGCCAAUUAUUUCAGUGGAAGAGUUUCGCUUUAAAUGUAAUAGUACGGUUGAUACAAUUAUAAUGAAUUAUCCGAAGGAAACACCGAAAUUGUCAAAAGAUGACUUCAUUAAACAAUACAGGCUACGAACUUCUAGAUUCUCAUCUCGAUAUGGUAUAACACUUCCUGGUAUUGAGGCGAUUCCACAAACUCCCGAAGCAGUGGAAGAACGUAACCAAACUGCUAGACACGUACGUUGUUUGGCGCUCUUUGAACCUGAGCGAAUGACGAGAAUACGCGCUCCGAGGGACGUCAUCAGUCUUGUUGAGAGACACCUGGUAAGAACCCCUCAAAUGAGACAUCUAGCCGAUCUGGUCUCCCACAGUAUCUGCAAUGGCGACCCUUACAUUGCAAUGCAUUGGAGGAACAAGUCGGGGGAAACGCACUACCGAAAUAGCUCGACAAUCGAGAACGUAGCCAAAACAGCUGCUGUUCUUGCCGGUGAUGUUAAAAAAUUUAUGGUAGCGAGAAACGUGUCGUGUCUGUAUGUAUCGUUUCCCCCAUUUAGUAAGUAUAUGACGACGGUUUUAGAAGAAGUUAAUAUUCCUAAUGUGGUCACAGUAGCCGACAUAACUGACGCAUCGUAUCCAGUUAAAAUUCCCGACGAAGUCCGAUUCGACAACUAUUACACCGCUCUCCUCGAACAAGAAAUAUGGAUACGGUCCGAAGUGUUUCUAUAUGGUUCGUCAUCAAUGUCCUUCAUGGCACGAAACUACAGGAAAUUGGCCAACAAGGAAUCGAUAUACUUGAUGCACUUUAUCAGUUGGCUGCCGCCAGACGUAUACGUGAAGCGAAAACGAUAA